AUGGCCCUAUACUCGUUAGCCUGCCAAUACGACGACCUCUUGGAAUUCUGGCCAUCGUUGUUCAACAUUUUUUUUGCUUGUUGGCCGAUCAUUCCAGAGUCCGAGGUCCUCACCACUGAGCAGCAACACUCCCUUUUUCAGGCGGAAGAACAGCGCAAACUCCGCAUUAAAGCUUGGUUCGAACAAAAGAAGACCAACUCUAUGGUACCACUUACCAUAACGUCUGUGUCUGCAGAUGGCCAGAUGGUCUUGCAUUUUGAGGAGCCGUUCGAGGAAGCGUUCAACCCAAAGUGGACCACCGAUGAACAGUAUGUCUGGCUUCAAGAUCGGUUAGCGACGUAUAUGGUCCACACGAAGGAAAAGGAUUACUCACGUUUCUGGGCUCCGUGUUGUAUAGCCUGGUUCGCGCAGUUCCCAGAACAUGCGGUGGUCUAUCCUGACAUCCCCAAGGAUGUUGAGCUUACCUGCAAGCAGCAAAAGGUCGUUGAGCUCGCAGAGGAGGCGCGUGAGGCGCAACUACACACCUGGUUUCGCUGGCGUGUCAAUAAAUCUAAGAAGAACCGCAGCCUAAAGAAGAAACUAACGCGUAUCAAGCCCUUGGUGAUGGCUGAGCAAGAUGCCGGAAACGUGGCAACGUCCGGCAAGCGCGUGGCCCUUGGUCGAAAAUUCUCGAAGGAGUUACUGGAAGAUGAGACUGAAGAGAUCAAGGCAGAGAUUCGUGAAAAGUAUGAGGAACAACUCACUCACAAGAAGCGCGCCAAGCGUGAGAAGAACAUUCUUGACGAUGACGCCGACGACAACGACAAUGAAGAGUUAGAUGCGGAGGCAAUCAUGCAAGGUAUAGAUGACUUACCUGUCAUUUGUCGACGCUUCGCGAAGCUUGUCAAGCAGAAGACUCGCUUCAUGGUCUCGUUUAUGUUUGCUGGUCCUGAUCCUAGAAAUGACUGGGACAUGACGACAUUAUCGUGUCAUCCUUCAGAAACACCUCAAGGCGAUUCCUUUGCCGAGCUAUACCAGACGGCUGAUAGCGACUUCUUGGCAGCCUUCCAGCAGUAUGCAGAACAAAUAUUUCCUGGCAACAAGCGGAAGCCCGACAACAAGGCUGAAAGCAGUGAGAUUGGAGGCAUUGCUGAGGAAGAGUCUGAGGAGCGUGAAGAGGAUGGGGAGGAGUGCGAAGAGGAUGGGGACAAAGACGAGGAAGGUGAAGAAGAUGAGCCCAAUGCGCAGUCUACAGACGUCGAGGAAGAAUCUCAGCUAAAUGUGGAUGAGGGCGAGGCGAAUCAGUACAUGGAGUCUGCAGUCACUCUUCCCAUCCCUGGUGCAUCCUUAGGCGAUGCAUCUGAUGCAUCAAGUCUUGGGGGAUCAUCUGUGAUGCACGCGUCGAUGGAGAUGACUGCCAGUUUACCGUCCUAUGGCACGCCGUUCUAUGGCAUGUCAAUGUAUGACAUGCAGCCUCAGCCCAUGUACGGCGCCCAUGCCAUGUAUGGUGGACAGGAUCAAAUGUAUGGCACGCAAGGACCAACAUAUGACGCACAGGGCACCAGCCAUGCUUUACUCGCUGGAAAUUCCUGCCUCACUGGGUCUGAUGUGUCGCUUCACUCUCAAGGAACCGCAUUCCCACUACAGACGACUAACCACUUCGAUUUCGGCAUCCCUCCUUCUAAUUUGUUCAUGCCAGGCGCCGUCACCCCCGAGUUUUCGUUCGAUCAGGGAUUCCAGGCUGCAAAUUGGAACAACCAGGCCUGGAGCGUGAACAACAACAAUCGAGGCUGGAAUUUCAGUUCUGCUGAACAAAGCAGCCUGCAGGACUCACUCAACUCACUUCCUGCUCUGCCUCCUCCUGCCAGUGAGCCCAAUGAGGACUCGCGACCUGUUCUACCUUCUCCCAACCCGAUCCUGAGUACGGACGAUACUUCUCUCCCUUCCAUCGGCAAGGCUCGCACGAGGACUGGCAGAAGGGUUGCCCAGAAGGCUACCAAAAAGGGAGACAGCCAGAAGCGUCCUAAUACUAAGUCGACCAAACCCUCAGCUGAAACAGCAACACAGCCGUCUCCCAUUGUGUGUGCCACCAAGAACAAGCAGCCGGCUAAAUCCUCUUCCAAGAAGUUGUCUGUCGCUAAGCCAUCGCCUGGUCAGGCUAUACCCUCCAUUGAAACGGUCGCUCAGCCCUCUGCCCCUUCUGCCCAGUGCACGACCAAAAAAAAGCAGCCACCUGCUGCUAAGCCGUUGGCUGAUGAGUCUGCCGCUACCACAAGGGAGCCCUCACCCGGUCCUUCACCCAACCCUAUUGUCAAUGUAACUGGUGGUGCCUCCAGCUGUCAUAUCCCAUACAUGAGGCUUCUCGUCCGGUCCGGUCCGUCCGUUCUCUCGGGUCCAUUCUAG